AUGUUCAAUAGUAGUAGCAAUAGUAUUUGUUAUUGUACAAGUGUUACUACAGCCAAUUCUUUAAUGAAUCCGAAACAUAUUAACCGUCCGCAUAUUUGUCACUUGAGAAAUAUUUGGCCAAUACCACUAAUUGUACCACCUCCUUGGGUACUUUUGCGCAUUUUUCGAGAACAAUCUGACCACUUGAACAGUAAGCUGCAAUGGAAGAUUAACACAGAAAAACAAACUGAAUUAAGAUCUAAUUACAGUCAUCACAAUGAGCUAUGUCAAAAGUCAUCAGUUAUUUCCAGUGAAAAGUGGAACAUUUUUAAUUCAACUCAUUUCACUCAAAAUACUUCAUCAUAUGCUACAAGUCCAGUUGAUAUUUUACAAAGUUUAACGAAUAAUAAUGAAAAGUUAUGCAGAGAAGUAACGAAUAGUAAUGCUAAUAACACUGAACGUGAACGUGUUUACAGUUGUCCACACUGUACAAAGUGUUUUACUUCAAAUUCUGGACUAAAACAACACAUGCAUAUACAUGCAUCAUUUAAGCCAUUCACCUGUCAGGUUUGUCAUAAAGCUUAUACUCAAUUCAGUAAUCUUUGUCGACAUAAACGUCUACAUAAACGCUGUAGACAGAAACCAGACUGUUCAUCUUGUGGACAUGAGUUUGCAAAUACUUAUUCAUUGUUAAAACAUCAAGUUUUGACAUCGUGUGGCAAUACCUCUUUGAAAAACAACAACAAUGACAACCUCAACAGUGAGAAAAACUCAACUAAAGAUCCUUUUUUGUCAAAUUAUUACAAUCUGCAUAAAAAACCAACGAGACGUUUAACUGAACUGAGGCGUAACGAAAAUGAUCGAAAACAAUGUCAACAAAUUCAAAAAGGUAUAGCAUGUUUUUGUGAUGAAGGGAAAGGGAAACAAGUCAACCGAUAUACAAAUAAGUGUGAUCAUUACUCAAAAUCAUCUACUCCUCAAAUUCUCAAAGAAUACAGAACACAGUCAUCAAUAAUUCCAGAAGAAAUAAAUUCAGAGAUUGAUAAUUCUCGUGACUAUGAUUCAAAGAAAAAUUAUAAGUCAAGAUAUAAGAAUGCUUCACAAAUAACACAAAUUUUAUCAAAGAAUGAAUAUAGAACAGUGGAUGAUAUGCAGCGAAUAAGAGAUGAGACCACUCCAAAUCCUUUAGAUUUAUCCAAUUUGUGUAGUUCUAAUAAAAUGGACAUUGAACACAUUUCUUCUAUAUCUUCAUUUGAAAGAGGGGAAUAUGAAGGAAAAUAUGAUUUUAACUUGGAUAAACAAACAAUUAAAUCAAACUUGAAGAAUACUAAUGCAGUAAAUUCAAUGAAAGACUGUUUAUAUGACAACCGAAAUAUACAUUACUUACAUGAGAUUGUUAGUAAUGCCAUGUGUACAACUCAAAAACCUUGGAUAGAAUCUACAAAAUCACCUUAUCAAAAAAAUCAAAUUGGAAAAAUUAACGAAUAUUCAUCUACACAAUCAACACAAAAUAAUAAUAACAAUAAUAGUAAUGAUAGUAAUAAUAUGUAUGAGAAUCAUUACACAUGUAGUGUAUGCUAUAAACAAUUUCCACGUGCAGCUAACUUGAAUCGUCAUAUUCGUACGCAUACUGGGGAGCAACCAUAUCGGUGUCCACAUUGUGAUCGACUUUUCAGUAUUUCAUCGAAUAUGCAAAGACAUGUGAGAAAUAUACACAGUAGAAGCUGUUUAUCUUUUAAAGAUUGUAAAUAAUAUUGUUUUUAUUGGUUCUUCUUAAUGAAGAACACUGAAUAUUUAAAAGCCGAUGUCGACAAAGAGAGGGAAACACUAUGCUGUAGAUACUGAGUGCCAUC